AUGCCACCCCCUCCUCCGGGCAGUCGCGGGCGCGGCCGCGGUCGCGGAAUCGGAUCCCCCGUCGCCAACUCCGUGCCAACCAGUCUCGGCGCUCGCGGCCGCCACCUUCCGCGCCACCGCGUACUUUACUUUGAUGUUCCCAUCACCGACGGACGAGUGAUCGUUUCCGUCGAUUCGCAUGGGCUACUCGCCGCCGCAGCCCGUUCCGGCUUGGACGACGGGCCGACGAUCUUCGUCGACAUAGACAUGGACGGCAACUUCCUCACGGAUCACCGCGUUCCCGGCGAGCCCUUCGAAAGCAUGUACCACCUCAUCCGCGCCGCCAGUACCCACCUGCUCGCCGCCCCCUGCCGCGAUCUUCCUCGGUGUGAGCAGGAGGAGGAGGAUCAUGUGGCCGAGCCUGCAUGCGCAGCACGAACAAUGCAAGAACAGGACCUCUCGUCCUUGGAGGGCCUGCUCAAUGCUACGACGUUGGAGGAAUCGGCUUCCCCGUCCUCCUCCGUGCAGACGGAGGCUCAGCCCUGGGGCUGCCUUUCCUCGUUCCCUAUGUGGGCACUGGCCCAGUUUGAUUGGGGGAUCAUAUUUUUCACCAGGGUCGACCUCAAGGGAUCUUUCCACACGAAUCCUCGCGCGGGCGGGCCGUUUCAGAGCUUGCGGGAAGCUUAUGACGCUAUAGAUCGCUAUCUUGAAGAACAUCGGCAUCCAACAAUGUUCACUGGUGUUUCUCGACUGGAAAGGGUGGUAAGACUGUCUCUUAACUGUCCUGAUGGCACAAGGAAGAAGCUUUUGGAAUCGCAGCAAAUGGAUGGAAGGCGCGAUUGGAAGCGACAGUUGGUUCAAACUUUGGUGGACAAGCAUAAUGAUUACCACCAUCUUUCAGGGGAUCUUGCAUAUGAACUCAAAGAUGUUGUGCGCUUCGAAUCAGUUGCUGGGGGCAAUGGCCAUAGGUACUAUCAUAUCAAUUUCACUAUGAAGACUAAAGGAGCUGAUGAUAGUAACUCUGUUGGUGAAGAUUUAUUCUUUGCUGAAGUCAAAAUCAAGGGUGGAGAAUAUGUAGAACUGGUGGUCAGCUGUUUCUGCAUGGUUGAACCUAAUGACAAUGGUCAUUGCUACGGUUGUGAUGUGAAGCACCCCAACAAUCCUGCUGCAUAUACUGGCGCCAAAGCUAGCUCUCAGUGUGCAUGCUCUCUAUUUGGUAAUAUGGGAUUGCCGGUCCGUGACGAAAGCUUGGAAGAGGAGGAAAGAAGGGUAAGGCGUUUCUACGAGACCCAGGGUCUCGAUGAUCCGGAUUUCGUGGAGAAAGAGAGAGCGAGGGCACAGAUGCCAGGCAAACCGUUCAGCCCUGCUGAUUGUGUGCUUGAAUAUCGGGCUGUGCCAACCACCGGGAAGACUAAUAAGUAGGGCGCUCGAGUGGAAGGCUAUGGAAUCCCUUUUGAGCUUUCAUGUGACUGAAGGAACAUGGUUACUGUACAGUGUGUUUUGGACCUUUAGUGUUAAGCUUGUCAGGCUGUAGGCUCAAGUAUGUAUGUCCUGUGGCUAAGACACCAAAAGGGAAAGGACG